AUGGAAACACAUGGGUGCUCGGGUAUAUUGCGAUGGCGUUCAGCGGUGAGCCAGUGUGCGACAAUGUCGCAUCCUCCUGGAUUCAGCGGCACAUUGAGCGCAGUAAGAACCCCAUUGGAAGUACAGUUAGAUGAAAAAGCACGGCGGUGGCGGCAGAGCCAGCACCACCGGUUCGAGACAAAAAAACGUCAAGGCUAUGUAGAAACACAAAAAGCAGAAUUACCAGCAGAACAUUUGAGAAAGAUCUCUGGAGAAGCGCUUAGAAAGACAUUGAAGACAUUAAUAGGGCACGCAUUUAUCUCGCAGAUCAUCAAGGACCAUGGUGAUAUGAGCAGCAAGAAGUUCCGACACGACAAACGGUCAUAUCUUGGUGCACUCAAGUAUAUGCCACACGCCGUCCUCAAAUUGAUGGAAAACAUGCCUAUGCCGUGGAUGGAGGUGAAAUAUGUCCCUGUGCUAUACCACAUAACAGGUGCAAUCACCUUUGUCAAUGAAAUUCCCCGUGUUAUUGAGCCCCACUUUAUUGCUCAAUGGGGCACUAUGUGGAUUAUGAUGCGGCGAGAAAAGAGAGAUCGGCGGCACUUUAAGCGGCUACGACUGCCGCCGUUUGAUGAUGAAGAGCCAGUUAUUGAUUACGGGGAAAAUAUAGCAGAUGUCGAGCCUUUAGAAGCCAUUCAAAUGGAUUUAGAUGCAGAAGAAGACGGGGCAGUGGCAGAGUGGUUUUAUGAACAUAAGGCACUUGUAGAUACAGUGCACGUGAACGGACCAACGUAUCGACGGUGGAAUCUGAAUUUGGCACAAAUGUCGACACUGUAUAGGCUGGCACACCAGCUUUUGUCAGAUUUAGUGGAUCAAAAUUAUUUUUAUUUAUUUAAUCUCAAUUCGUGGAUUACAUCGAAAAGCUUAAAUAUGGCGAUUCCGGGAGGACCGAAAUUCGAGCCGUUAUAUAAGGAUACACUGGAUGUAGAUGAAGAUUGGAAUGAGUUUAAUGAUAUAUACAAAUUGAUUAUCCGGCAUCAGAUACGGACAGAGUACAAGGUGGCGUUUCCAUACUUGUAUAAUUCAUAUCCGAGAUCGGUUCGGUUGACGACGUAUCAUGAGCCGUCGACAACGUAUAUUCGGACAGAAGACCCGGAUUUGCCGACAUUUUACUAUGAUCCCAUUAUUAAUCCGAUAUCCAUGCGCUCUUUUAUUGAGUCGUUACCGGAAAAGACUCAUGAAAAUGAGAUUUUUCAGGAAGGGGAGAUUGAUGAGUUUAUGUUACCGAAAGAAAUGGACUCAUUCCUUUGUCAUGUCCCGUUGUAUACGUCGAAUACGACGAUGGCAAUUGCGCUUUGGUGGGCACCGCAUCCAUUUAACAAGCGUACGGGACGGAUGGUAAGGGCCGAAGAUGUGCCUUUGGUUAAACAGUGGUAUUUGGAAUAUUGUCCUCCUGGACAACCGGUGAAGGUUCGCGUGUCGUAUCAAAAGUUGUUGAAAAACUAUGUGCUUAAUGCCCUUCAUACGAAACCACCUAAAUCACAUCUCAAGAAAGAUUUGUUUCGCCAAUUGAAAACAACCAAAUUUUUCCAAACGACGACGAUUGAUUGGGUCGAAGCAGGACUUCAAGUUAUUCGACAAGGAUAUAAUAUGUUGAAUUUAUUGAUUCAUCGGAAAAAUUUGAAUUAUUUGCACUUGGAUAUGAAUUUUAACCUAAAACCAGUGAAAACGUUAACAACAAAAGAGAGGAAAAAAUCCAGAUUUGGAAAUGCGUUUCAUUUGAUGCGUGAAAUCCUGCGGCUCAUGAAAUUGCUCGUGGAUUCUCAAGUUCAAUACCGUCUUGGAAAUAUCGAUGCGUUCCAACUCGCAGACGGCAUACAUUAUUGUUUUAAUCAUAUCGGUCAAUUGACUGGUAUGUAUCGGUAUAAAUACAGAUUGAUGCGUCAGAUUCGAACAUGUAAAGAUUUGAAACAUCUUAUAUAUUAUCGGUUUAAUACAGGGCCUGUAGGUAAAGGACCUGGAUGUGGAUUUUGGGCUCCUUCAUGGAGAGUUUGGCUUUUUUUCAUGAGGGGUAUUGUACCUUUACUUGAAAGAUGGCUUGGAAACCUCCUUGCUCGUCAAUUUGAAGGACGACAUUCGAAAGGAAUUGCCAAAACGAUCACGAAGCAACGUGUAGAAUCUCAUUUUGAUUUAGAAUUGCGUGCGGCUGUUAUGCAUAAUAUUCUUGACCAAAUGCCUCAAGGCAUUAAGGCAAAUAAAUCAAAAACUAUUUUACAGCAUUUAUCGGAAGCAUGGAGAUGCUUUAAAGCCAAUAUCCCAUGGAGAGUUCCUGGAUUACCUGCUCCUAUUGAACAAAUUAUUUUGCGAUAUGUUAAAGCAAAAGCAGAUUGGUGGAUUUCUGUUGCUCAUUAUAACAGAGAACGUAUUCGGAGAGGUGCUACAGUGGAUAAAACUGUUGCAAAAAAGAAUCUCGGACGUUUAACAAGAUUAUGGUUGAAAGCAGAGCAAGAAAGACAACAUAAUUAUUUAAAAGAUGGACCUUAUGUUACUGCAGAAGAAGCCGUUGCUAUUUAUACCGCUACUGUUCAUUGGUUAGAGAGCCGAAAAUUUAGUCCUAUCCCUUUUCCUCCUUUAUCGUAUAAGCAUGAUACAAAGCUUUUAGUUCUUGCUUUGGAAAGGUUGAAAGAAGCGUAUAGUGUUAAAGGCCGCUUAAAUCAAAAUCAAAGAGAAGAAUUGGUAUUAAUCGAGCAAGCGUACGAUAAUCCUCAUGAAUGCCUCUCACGUUGUAAACGAUUUUUGUUAACCCAAAGAGCAUUUAAAGAAUGCGGGAUUGAAUUUAUGGACCAGUAUUCAUAUUUAAUACCGGUAUACGACGUAGAACCUAUGGAAAAAAUUACCGAUGCAUAUUUGGAUCAAUAUUUAUGGUAUGAAGCGGAUAAAAGGCAUUUAUUUCCAUCGUGGAUUAAGCCUUCUGAUUCCGAACCUCCUCCAUUAUUAGUCUAUAAGUGGUGCCAAGGAAUUAACAAUUUAUCUGAAGUUUGGGAAACAGAUCAAGGACAAUGUAAUGUUAUCCUAGAAACAUCAUUGAGUAAAGUUUACGAAAAAAUUGAUAUUACAUUGUUGAAUCGUUUGUUACGUCUCGUUGUUGAUUCAAAUAUUGCUGAUUAUAUUUCCGGGAAAAACAAUGUUAACCUUACAUACAAGGAUAUGAAUCAUAUUAAUUUAUAUGGUUUAAUUCGUGGUCUCCAAUUUUCAUCAUUUGUAUUUCAAUAUUAUGGUUUAAUAAUUGAUCUUUUAAUUUUGGGUUUACAUCGUGCGAGUGAAAUGGCUGGUCCUCCUCAAAUGCCUAAUGAUUUUUUGCAAUAUCGUGAUGUUGCGACAGAAGUUCAGCAUCCUAUACGAUUAUAUUCACGUUAUAUAGAUAAAAUACACAUAUUUUUUAGAUUUACUGCAGAUGAAGCUCGUGAUUUGAUUCAAAGAUUUUUAACCGAACAACCUGAUCCAAAUAAUGAAAGUAUUGUAGGUUUUAACAAUAAGCGUGUUUGGCCUAGAGACUGUCGUAUGAGAUUAAUGAGGCAUGAUGUUCAUCUUGCUAGAGCAGUAUUUUGGGAUGUUAAAAACCAUAUUCCUAGAUCUUUAACAACAAUUGAAUGGAGCGAUUCAUUCGUAGGUGUAUAUAGUAAAGAUAAUCCUAAUUUACUUUUUUCAAUGUGCGGUUUUGAAGUUAGAAUAUUGCCUAAGAUAAGAAGUGCAACGGAAGAAUUUACAUUAAAAGAUGGUGUCUGGAAUUUAGUGAAUGAGCAAACAAAAGAACGUACUGCUCAAGCAUUUCUUCGUGUAACAAAAGAUGAUAUGGCAAAAUUUAAUAAUCGUAUACGUCAAAUUUUAAUGUCAUCCGGGUCAACUACAUUUACGAAAAUAACAAAUAAAUGGAAUACUGCAUUGAUCGCUCUUCUUACAUAUUAUCGGGAAGCAGUUGUAUCAACUCCCGAACUUUUAGAUUUACUAGUCAAAUGUGAAACUAAAAUUCAAACUCGAGUGAAAAUUGGGUUAAAUUCAAAAAUGCCAUCGAGAUUUCCCCCUGCUGUUUUUUAUUCCCCUAAAGAACUCGGUGGCCUUGGAAUGCUUUCUAUGGGCCAUAUUUUAAUUCCUCAAAGUGAUCUUAGAUGGUCUAAGCAAACAGAAGCCGGAAUUACUCAUUUUAGGUCUGGAAUGUCUCACGAGGAAGAUCAAAUGAUUCCUGCUCUUUAUAGAUAUAUUGUUACAUGGGAAUCUGAGUUUAUAGAUUCUCAAAGAGUUUGGUCUGAAUAUGCAAUGAAAAGACAAGAAGCUAUUCAGCAAAAUAGACGUUUAACGUUGGAAGAUUUAGAAGAUUCAUGGGAUAAAGGCAUUCCCAGAAUAAAUACAUUGUUUCAAAAAGAUAGACAUACAUUAAGUUACGAUAAAGGUUGGAGAGUUAGAACAGAUUUUAAACAAUAUCAAUUAUUAAAGAAUAACCCAUUUUGGUGGACAAGUCAACGACAUGAUGGGAAAUUAUGGCAAUUAAAUAAUUAUCGUACCGAUGUUAUUCAAGCAUUAGGUGGUGUGGAAGGUAUUUUGGAACAUACUAUGUUUAAAGCUACUGGAUUUCCAUCAUGGGAAGGGUUGUUUUGGGAAAAAGCAUCUGGAUUUGAAGAAUCGAUGAAAUAUAAAAAAUUAACUAACGCUCAAAGAUCUGGUUUGAAUCAGAUUCCAAACCGUCGUUUUACUUUAUGGUGGUCUCCUACAAUAAAUAGAGCAAAUGUUUAUGUUGGAUUUCAAGUACAACUUGAUUUAACUGGUAUUUACAUGCAUGGUAAAAUACCAACUCUGAAAAUCUCAUUAAUUCAAAUUUUCCGCUCUCAUUUAUGGCAGAAAAUCCAUGAAAGUAUCGUCAUUGAUUUAUGUCAAGUUUUUGACCAGGAACUUGAAACUCUUCAAAUAGAAACGGUGCAAAAAGAAACGAUUCAUCCUAGAAAAUCAUAUAAAAUGAAUAGUUCAUGUGCAGAUAUUUUAUUAUUCGCUACUUAUAAGUGGAAUGUUUCUAGGCCUUCUUUACUUAAUGAUAGUAAAGAUAUACUUGAUGGAACAACUACGAAUAAAUUUUGGCUUGAUAUACAGCUUCGGUUUGGUGAUUUUGAUUCUCAUGAUAUAGAACGAUAUACUAGAGCAAAGUUUUUGGAUUAUACUACAGAUUCUCAAUCCAUAUAUCCAUCGCCUACUGGUUUAAUGAUAGGUGUUGAUUUAGCUUAUAAUUUACAUAGUGCAUAUGGUAACUUCUUCCCUGGUCUGAAACCAUUGAUUCAACAAGCCAUGGCGAAAAUUAUGAAAGUUAACCCGGCUCUUUAUGUCUUGAGGGAAAGAAUUCGAAAAGGUCUCCAACUUUAUUCUUCUGAACCUACUGAACCUUAUUUAAAUUCUCAAAAUUAUUCUGAACUUUUUAGUAAUCAGAUUAUUUGGUUUGUAGACGAUACUAAUGUAUAUCGAGUAACAAUUCAUAAAACGUUUGAAGGGAAUUUAACGACAAAACCAAUUAAUGGUGGGAUAUUUAUCUUUAAUCCCAGAUCAGGUCAAUUAUUUUUAAAAAUUAUUCAUACUUCAGUAUGGGCUGGACAAAAACGUCUUGGACAAUUAGCGAAAUGGAAAACUGCAGAAGAAGUUGCUGCUUUGAUUAGAUCACUUCCUGUUGAAGAACAGCCCAAGCAAAUUGUUGUCACACGUAAAGGUAUGCUUGAUCCUUUAGAAGUUCAUUUACUUGACUUUCCAAAUAUUGUUGUUAAAGGAAGCGAGCUUCAGCUCCCAUUUCAAGCGGCUUUAAAAGUCGAAAAAUUAGGUGAUAUGAUUUUAAAAGCAACAGGGCCUCAAAUGGUUUUAAUGAAUCUCUAUGAUGAUUGGCUCCAAACUAUAUCAUCUUAUACUGCAUUUUCGAGAUUAGUUUUAAUUCUCAGAGCUCUUCAUGUCAAUAUGGAUAAAACCAAAAUGAUACUUCGUCCAUCCAAAGAGAUCAUUACAGAAUCUCAUAAAAUAUGGCCUACAUUAACAGAUCAACAGUGGAUAGAUGUUGAAUUAUCAUUAAGAGACUUGAUAUUAGGAGAUUAUGGGAAAAAAAAUAAUGUUAACGUGGCUAGUCUUACAUCUUCCGAGGUUAGGGAUAUUAUAUUGGGUAUGGAAAUAAGUGCGCCAUCUAUACAAAGACAACAAAUUACAGAAAUCGAGAAAUCACAGCAAGAACAAAGUCAGUUAACUGCACGAACUACUAAAACCACAAAUAUUCAUGGUGAUGAAAUUAUUGUUGUUAAUACUUCAAAUUAUGAAGCACAAACAUUUUCAUCAAAGACUGAGUGGAGAACACGUGCUAUAUCUACCACUAAUCUUCACUUAAGAACAAAUCGUGUAUAUAUUUCUUCGGAUGAUAUCCAAGACCAAGGACAAUAUACGUAUAUUAUACCAAUGAAUAUUUUAAAGAAAUUUAUAAUUAUAUCGGAUUUAUAUACUCAGAUUGCAGGAUUUUUAUAUGGUACAUCUCCUUUGGAUAACAAUGAAGUAAAAGAAAUAAAAUGUAUUGCAAUUGUGCCACAACUUGGAAGCAAUUCUGGUGUUCAAUUACCACAUAAGCUUCCGAAACAUGAUUUUCUUCUUGAUGGAUUAGAACCUCUAGGAUGGGUUCAUACUCAAUCUCAUGAGAUGCCACACUUGUCUCCUAAUGAUUUAACGAUACAUUCGAGAAUAAUAGCAGAGCAUAAAGAGUGGGAUUCUAAAACAAUUACAAUGACAGUUAGCUUUACUCCUGGCUCUGUUUCUUUGGCAGCAUAUUGUUUGACCCCUUCUGGUUAUGAAUUUGGAGCGAAAAACAAGGAUAUGACAAGUGGGAACCCUCAAGGAUGGGUACCGACUAUGGCAGAAAAAUGUCAAUUAUUAUUGUCCGAUCGUAUUAUUGGUUUUUUCCUUGUUCCUGAAGAUGAUAUAUGGAAUUAUUCAUUUAAUGGUGCAAGCUUUUCAGAUAAGGCAGGAUAUAAUAUGAAGCUAGAUGUGCCAAUCCCAUUUUAUAGUCCUCAGCAUAGGAAAACACACUUUUCUUCAAUGGUACAGCUAGAAGGUGAAGAUGUUGUAUUAGGCGAUCGUGCCGAUGUGUUUGCUUAA